AUGCAAAUUCUGCAUUGUCCAUGUGGUUUUGAACUGGGAGAUAUCAAGCCUUGCUUGCCUGGCGACCUGCUCUGGAGCGGAGAUCAAGCCCUUCCCGCCCUUCCCACAGGUCACAACAUCACACUAUGGAGGUAUCACAUGCAUGUGCAGCAUGCGUUGGCAGCAUGGUGUCCGUUGUUUUCAUGGCAGCAUUACUUUCUGCUUGUCGGACACCACUGCCCACAAAGCUUGAAACAUAACACUGCUGAACAGCAGCAAUCACCAAAUACCUUUCUGAAGUGUUUCCGAGUUAUGUCUUUCAAUUAA